AUGGAGUGGGUGGAAGGUUUUGUUCAGCAUCAUCAUUAUCUUGGACAACAUCCUGCUCUUAGACACUACCCUAAGAGAUUCCAGCUCCAUCUCCACAACAUUACUGGCCUUGCGGAUCAGUUUAUUGAGUCUGUUGGCAUCUGCAUCCCUCAAGCUGCUGCCCCAGCAUGCAACAGCAUAGAGGAUGGCACUGGCCACAACAGACCCAUAGAAAGUCCUGAGCAUUGUCUGACAGAUGUUAAAAGACCUAAGCCGCCUAAGAAAAUAGAGAUGACUCUGGCCCUUCCUAUGAGUAAGUGGGGGGAUCGACUGAAGAAAGUUGAGGAGCUUGCUCAGUCGUUCCAGAAAAAUCCUCUGACGACACCUUACAAGCCUCGACUGUGGCCCUGCCAGCCUUCGUCUGUUUGGAAACUCUUCCCUCGUCAAUCCAUGGCUAUCAGCUUCGCUCAGAGCUGCAAAGAGGCUGUGCAUGUUUUUGCACUUGAAAAAGAAAAGGAGUCCGUGGGUCAAAGGAUUUACCUGGUUACCAGUUACAGUGAGCUGUGGUUUUACUACAGGACUUACACCCAGUCUUUGAUGCACUGUUAUGAGGUGAUACCAGAGGGAGCUGUCUGUAAGCUCUACAUGGACUUGGAGUUCCACGAACCUUCAAACAAAGGAUCUGAUGGGAAAACUAUGGUGUCUUUGCUUAUCCAGUACGUCUGUGACAAGUUAUUGGAAGUUUAUGGGAUUGAAUGCUCUGCGAAAAAUGUCCUCAAUCUCGACUCCAGCACUGAGGAGAAAUUCAGCCGACAUCUCAUCUUCUGUCUCCAACAAGCAGCUUUCAAAGACAACAUUCAUGUUGGAAGGUUCAUCCAUGCAAUUCUUCAGCCUGUCCUGAACAAACCCAAAAAUGGAAGCCACCUUGAUAAUGGAGUGGAAACACGUAGAACUCAAGCAGCGAGUCCAGAGAUGAAGAGGCGUAAAGAGGAAGGGAGAGACCUCAGCUUCCUCCAGGUGAAAAACAAAGAUGGUCGAGACUCUCUCUUUGUGGAUCUUGGUGUCUACACAAAGAACAGAAAUUUCCGCGUGUACAAGUCGUCUAAAGCGGGGAAGAAUGCUGCGUUCACUGUGGCAGAAGAUAACCAGUGUAUUGCCAAACCUGAGAAGGGAACUUCUUUGGAGGAAAGCAUUUUCUUGGCCUCCUUAGUGUGUAACGUGAGCUUCACAGGUCAGAGGAUUCUUACAUGGGAUGUCCCAGAAUCAAGUGAGCCCAAAAUCUCCCCCUCUAAGUACCAACAAGGGUCGGAUUCAGACUCAGGUGCACUUUCUGGCUUCCUGUCAUCCCCUCACCAAGAAGUGGACAACUUUGUAUUAACGGUGGUUAGAAAGGAUGGGAUACAAGGAAGCUUAAGACGAUGGAACUACUUCGCCGCAGAGCAACUUCUCGUUUAUGACAUCGCCAAAUACCGCUGGUGUGAAAACGUGGGGCGGUUUCACAAAAGCAACAACAUCAUGAUUGUUGUGGAUCUGAAAGAGGAAGUGUGGUACCAGAAGUGCCACGAUCCUGAAUGCAGGAACUUCAGGUCCUCGAGUUACCCACUGCCACAAGAGAUCUGUAUCAGCUACAUCUUGACGCUGGAUGAGGAGGACCAGGUGUACCUCAUGGACGAUGCUGGAAACAUUGAAAGCAGACAGGAACAUAAACCCAUGGGCCCACAGAGCACAGCUCACACAGAGGAGGAGAAAUCUGAUGUGUGGGGAGAUGAACGGGAUGAUCGGGACUAUUUGGAGAGUCUAGACGAUUUUGAACAGAAGAGUGAAGAGAUCUCAGACCAGCUCCUGCUCAGUUGUAUGGCAGAUUUUGAUUCCCAGUAG